AUGAAGACCACAUUCGCUAUCUGCGCCUUUCUGGCCGCUACAGUCUCUGCGCACAUGCAGAUGAGCAAUCCCUACCCCAUUCGAAGCCCUCUCAACCCCAACGGAGACGAAGCCAAAAAAGAUUAUUCCUACACCAGUCCCUUGGACGCGUCAGGAUCAAACUUUCCUUGCAAAGGUUAUCAAAACGAUGCGUUCAAGUCUGUCGCUACCUACACUGCUGGGGGAAACGCUACUCACGGUGGUGGUUCUUGCCAACUGUCUCUGUCCUAUGAUACUGGGAAGACCUUUACCGUCAUUCAGUCUAUGGAAGGUGGAUGUCCAUUGACAUCCAACUAUUCGUUUACCAUCCCAUCUGACGCGCCUUCUGGGCAGGCGUUGUUCGCCUGGUCGUGGUUCAAUAAGAUUGGCAAUCGCGAGAUGUACAUGAACUGUGCGCAAGUGACUAUCGAGGGAGGCUCAGGCAAACGUUCUCAUCCUCGUGAUAUGAUGGUGUCUCGUGCGGACACUGCUUUCAGCUCUCGUCCGCCAAUGUUUAUCGCCAAUGUCAACGGUCCUGGUGGAUGUACUACCAUUGAGAGCCAGGAGGUCAACUUUCCUGAAGCGGGACCCGAUGUUGUCGGCGGUGUCGAGGGAAAAGGAUACACUUGCACCGGUUCAGCCAAUUUCUUGGGUGAUGGCUCCGGGUCUUCUGGAUCAUCCGGGUCAGCAACAACUGUCCCAGCUGCCCAGUCAUCAGCCGUCAGCACAACUGCUCCAGCCGCUCCCACCACUGCACCAUCAUCGGCCCCAGCCCCAGCUACCCCUACAACCAGCAGCGCACCCAUCCAACCCUCCAACACAGCCCUACCUGCCGCUAGCAGCACAGCGCCCAAAGUCGUCGGUUCCGGCACCGCCACAGGCGGCCAAGCCUGCUCCAGCAAUGGAGGUAUUGUCUGCAGUGCCGACGGCAAAUCAUGGUCCAUGUGCAACCAAGGAGCUUUGACUUUUAUGGGCGCCGUUGCUGCUGGAACCACAUGCUCGAAUGGUUCUAUUGUUAAGAAAUAA